ACGUGUCCCGGGCAGAGAGCGGCGCGCACACAGCUUUCCCCGAGGUGCCGAGUCCGGGAGCUGUAUCUCCAUGGUGGAGCUGCCACACCAGGGAGGGGACGUAGCCAUGGAGAUGCAAUAGGCGGGGAGGGAUGAUUACUCCCAGCGCGCGGACCGGGUCGUGUGGCUGACGUUCUGUCUAGAAAGUUACACAAGGUUCUGGAAAGAGAAGGCGGCGAGCGGUGCCCCGGCAUCUACAGGGAGCGUCGCCCCGUGCCCGCACCCAUCACUGUGUACCAGGAGCGGUCAGUGCCCGCACCCAUCACUGUGCCCUGUGUACCGGGAGCGACCAGUGCCCGCACCCAUCACUGUGUACCGGCAGCCAUCAGUGCCCGCACACCGCUUUUGCAUGGAGCUGCUGGACCCCGGAGUUCUGGUCACCGGAGCCUCCUUCUCCUGUUUCCGCCUGUUGAAUGGAAGGCUGGAGAGCCUGAUUCCCGCACCCAGCUCCGCGCUCAGGAACCCCUGGAAAUGGAGGAACAUCUGGACAUCGCUGGUGCACAGUCUCCUGACAGGAAUCUGGGCACUGCUGGGGUUUUACCUUCAUCCUCAGAUGGCAGAAGAUCUGAUCUCCACACAUUCCCGCUUCUCGCAUUGCCUCGUUGCUGUCUCAAUAGGUUAUUUCAUCCAUGAUUUUGUGGAUAUGCUGCAGAACCAGAAGCUGCAUCAGUCCUGGGAGCUGCUCUUCCAUCACACUGUGGUUAUCACUUGCUUUGGCAUAUCUGUGCUCCUCCAUCGGUAUGUGGGAUUUUCAGUGGUGGCCCUGCUAGUGGAAAUUAACUCCAUCUUCCUGCAUCUGAGACAAAUACUGCUCAUGGCCAACCUAGUAAAAACCACCGUGUAUAGGCUGAACAGCCUACUGAACCUGGGGACAUAUGUCAUCUUCCGGAUCAGCACGUUGGCUUGGAUGACAAGGUGGCUGGUGAUAAACCGAGAGAACAUUCCUCUGCUCACCUACACCAUUGGCAGUGUUGGGAUGGCCAUAAUGACUGUGAUGAAUAUAGUGCUUUUCUACCGACUCUUGAGAAGCGAUUUCCUUAAGUCAGCCCGAGAUAUGCCAAACGAAAAGGAUAAAUAACAAGUAGAGCUUCAUUCUGAAGAUUCAGGGAGACUUUUGGGCCAUAAUAUUGUGCCCAUUAUUUGUAGUUCUGCUUGUGAUAUUCACAAGAACCCAAUACUUGAGUAUUACCUUCUCUGAAUCUGUCAGAUGACAUGUCUACUACUCUAAUGAGAAGACCAAAAGAAAGAUUGCCAGGUGCGUCAUACAUUUACAGACAGUCUGGUCUAAAGGGAUGCCCCUUCUUGAACCCUUUAGAUGCCAUCAGCCAUCAUGUUCAUCCAUUCUCCAGUUCCAUGCUACUAAUAGCUCCUGCACUUAGGUAUCGGUACAUCUACACCGACCAGACAGACUCACUUUUUCUGGAUUUUCAUAAAAAAAAUGUAUGUUGUGGAUGGAAAUCAUGAUAUUUUUCUGAAAUGGAAGCAUUGGUAUUGCUGAACACAGCAUAUAUUUAAAGGAAAACUGAACUAGUCAUGUAGGUUCAUUCCAAACU